AUGACUUUGGACAACUUCACAGCCCCGUCACUCCAAGCUGACACUAGCGGAAACAAAGAAAAUAUGAAUUGUCGACCUGUCAACGGCCAAGUCAAAAGUACUACCGCGUGUCCCCUGAGGUGGGGCAAAUGGCUGGCAAUGGUUCGCCGAGAUUCCUCCCAGUUGCUCCGAUUUUCCCAUGGCAAGGGGGAUAUGCAGAGUCUAGAUAUGGACUCCAUCGGAUACGAGAAUAAAGCAUUUAUUGCCAAUUGA